UACGUUGAACCGUGUAAGGCAUAACUCUUAAUUUAAAUAUUAUUACAACAAAGUUUAAGACUACCACGUCGAUAAUGUGCCUCCACGAAACUCUCUUUAUAUAACCUCUUAUUUCCAAUAUUCAUCUAAAUCCAUCGGCAAAUACUUAUCUCUCACGGCGAGUAACAACUAACAACAGAGAACCGGGGGAAAAUGGCGUGUUUCGCAACCAAACAGCCUCUGUUGUUGUCUCUCCUCCUCGCCAUUGGCUUCUUUGUGGUGGCUGCAUCCGCCGGAAGCUUCUACGAGAGCUUUGAUAUCACUUGGGGCAAUGGUCGUGCUAACAUAUUCGAGAAUGGACAGCUUCUCACUUGUACUCUUGACAAGAUCUCUGGCUCCGGUUUUCAAUCCAAGAAGGAGUACUUGUUUGGUAAGAUCGACAUGAGGCUCAAGCUUGUCAAGGGAAACUCCGCUGGUACUGUCACCGCAUACUACCUUUCAUCCAAAGGAGCGACAUGGGAUGAGAUUGACUUCGAGUUUUUGGGAAAUCUCACAGGACAGCCUUACACUAUCCACACCAAUGUCUUCACUGGAGGUAAAGGUGACCGCGAGAUGCAGUUCCAUCUCUGGUUCGAUCCCACCGCGGAUUUCCACACCUACACCGUCCACUGGAACCCUCUUAACAUCAUCUUCCUUGUGGAUGGUAUUCCAAUUCGGGUAUUCAAGAACUACGAGAAAUAUGGGGUGGCUUACCCUAAGAACCAGCCGAUGCAAAUAUACUCAAGUCUUUGGGAAGCCGAUGACUGGGCGACACAAGGCGGUCGUGUGAAGAUUGACUGGAGCAACGCACCAUUCAGCGCCUCCUACAGAGACUUCAACGACCAAAGCUCAUGCAGCAGGACAUCGAACCUAACAUGGGUGACUUGCGACCCAAACAACAACUCAUGGAUGUGGACCUCUCUCAGUGACCGCCAGUACGGACAGAUGAAGUGGGUGCAAGACGAUUACAUGAUCUACAACUAUUGUACUGAUUAUAAGAGGUUCCCUCAGGGUCUCCCCAAGGAAUGUACUAAACUUGAAUGAUCGUUCUAUGAGAAUUUUCGAGCACGUCUCUUAAUAACUUAUUUCUUUUCUCUUCGUUUUAUUUCAUUCUUGUGAUGUUACUUUGAUUUAUUUUGUUCUUUCUUUUGGUGUUUCUGAGAUACGAUAAUACACGUAAAUGUAUACUUCCUGAGAAAAUAAAAAGUUGUACUCGAUAAUAAUACAUUCUAUCUUGCAAUGUGGUGUGAUUGUUUAUUUGUUGGCCUACAGUGAAAGCAACA